AUGUCUUCCAAUAAUUCUUCGUAUGCCUCCGCCGCCAAACGUGCUGUCGACGAUAAUCACCCGGAUCCCCUGCCGGACACAGGUCUGCUCAACACUAUCACCCCUUCAGCCAAUCCUGUCGUGGACAACACUCUGAAAGUAAAUCUCGUACCCUCUGACUUCAAAUCCAAUCUUGUCACGGCAGCUUCCGCCAAUGUGCCUCCUCCAGACUCGUAUUCGUCGCCUAACAAGGAGAGUUCCAGUGGACAUCUUCGUAAAGUCGAGGAAGAAGGAUAUUACCUGUGGGACGUUGCAAAGGACUAUCUCCUUCGUCCAGGUAUCGCUGGCGGGAUCGUUGGUGUAGCUAAUAUCGGUAUAUUUGCCGGCGCAGCUCGCACAUUUUACACCCAACCUCAUCUGCGUCGAGACACAAAGGUCAUAUCCGCGGCUGUGGCUGCAACCGUCGCUCUUCUAUCCGUGGAAGGAUUCGUCGUCAAAAAAUAUAGUCAAACUCCAAGGGGACAAGAGGAAGCUCGUCGUGCCAAAGAAGGCAGCCUCAUCAACCGGUUCCUUCGCGAGCAAAUUCUUCGUCCCGGCGUGCUUGGAGGGAUUCUUGGUAUAGUUAACGCCGGUAUCUUGGGUGCUAUCGGAUACUUCUCAUACAUUAACUGGGAUAAACCUACAUGGGAUAGGCGAGUCGUGUCAGCGGUAUCCGUCGGUGUUUUGGCGCUUUGGAGUGGCGAAAGCGUCGUGGCAGAACACAUCAGAUCCUCGAGGCGUCAAUGA